AUGACAAAGGCUUUUGACUUUCCACUACCUGGAUUUGUUGAUGAACAAGGCAUGCACAGCACCACAUCUGAUAGUGAGGAUGAAAUGGAUUCUACGGAAGAUAGCCAACCAGAGACUGAGUUAGAUUCAGAUGUUGAUUUUGGAAUUAGUGUUACUAAGCACCAUCGUUGUUUUGCCCAUACAUUACAACUUGUGGUAAAGGAUGGGUUUAAAGAAAUCAGUUCUAGUCUGAACAGUGUGCUAGCAAAAGUUGCCUCUGUGGUCAAUUUUGCAAGAUCUUUAAUUGCCACAGAAAUCCUUGAAGGCGAGAAAAGGUUACAGUGUGCUAACGUAACAAGAUGGAAUUCACAGUUACGUAUGAUAAAAUCUGUGCUUGAUAUUUCAGAGAAGUUGAAUAAGCUUGAUACUACCAAAAUAUCCUCUUACGAGCGUAAACUUUUACGUGAACUGUGUUUAAUUUUAAAUCCUUUUGAGGAAGCAACUGUCAUGGUGCAAAGUAAUAAUUCUGCACGUUUGGCUGUACCACUUACCAUUGGUCUGAGACAUGCUAUGGACAACAUUUCUGUCACAUACAACAACAAAAUGACACAAGCUCUGAAACGUUCUUUACAAAAAAGAAUGUCUGUUUAUGAAGAUGAUGAUUUAUUCACAACAGCUGCUAUCCUGGAUCCAAGGUUUAAUCUUAAAUGGUGUGAACCAGAGAAAGUGGGCAUAUUGACUGAAAAGCUAAGAACUGAGGCGUCACGAACAAUCAAAUUGAAAUGUUCAACUGAAACAGAGUCCUCAGACAAUGAUGAUUAUAAAACUGAAUCCCAAGAUGAAAGCCUCUUCAGUUAUAUGUCUCGGCCAAGAAAGAGACAUACUUCAGCACCAGAUAGUUUAAGUGUGGAGAUAAACUCUUAUUUAGCAGAGGAAAAUGUACCAAACUCAGUUAGUCCAUUAGACUACUGGAAAGACAAGGAGACAUGUUUUCCAACUCUUGCAAAAAUGGCCUUAUACUUUCUUGCCAUACCUUCAUCAUCCGCUCCUGUUGAGCGACUAUUUAGCGUCGCAGGAAAGACAUUCCGCCCAGAGAGGUGUCGUCUAAAGGACGACACUUUUGAAAAACUUAUGAAUAUUAAGUGCAAUACUGAUAUAAAUACUUAA